AUGGCGUGGCUAGGAUCAACCGUACUGAAUUUAUUUUGGAAACCUAGUGUAAACAUUGUUAGAACACGAUAUCAUUCGGAAAAACACCGUGUCAUUAAAAGAUAUGGUUUUGAAGAACAGAUCUGGAAAGGUGGAUUACUUCCUCGGACUUUAGGGAAACCUCUGCCUAUGCCAGAGUACAGGCCAGCUAACCAAUGGACUGAGCGCAAAGCUUUGUUUGGUCAAAAUGAUUACAUUGAUAUCCUUGGGCCUGGAGACUUGCACCCUGUGAAGACACUGUACACAGUUCCAUCUUGGAUAAGAGGAGUGAAUGGCAAUGAGUAUCAAAUCUUAUUGAGAAAAAGAAAAAUGUUGGGUCCGGCUGGUUUACCUCGAAUGAGACCUACUAAGUGGAAGGAUUUGGAAAGGAGAAUAUCUUUCUUGUACAGAAAGCUUAACAGGAAAACGAAGACAGGCCCAUCUCCUAAUUAA